CGCAAAAAUCCUCACAAGAAGCCAAGGCAAAUUGCAGAUGAUUUCCAGACCAACUAUGGAAUUAACAUGGAGUACUAUCAAGCCUAUAAUGGUAGGGAGAAGGUUCAUGAGACCAUUUAUGGUGACGAUGUUAAGUCAUACUCGUACUUGGUAUGGUAUAUUAAUGCUAUAAGGAAAACUAACCCAGGUAGUGUGAUAGACUUCCAAUUUAAUCCUGCAAAGAAAGAGUUCAAACGAAUUUUCAUCUCGUUUGAUGCAUGCAUCAAAGGGUACCGGUUUUGUCGUCCAAUGGUCUAUUUGGAUGCUACUUUCCUUAUUGGUAGAUUCAGAGGCUGCUUGAUGGCGGCUACUGGGAUCAAUGGUGAUAGAGGAUUUCCCCCCCUUGCUAUGGCACUAUGCGAUUCUGAGAAUAUCGACAACUGGGAGUGGUUUUUAAGAAAUCUGCAAUAAGUUGUUGGUGACGGGAGGCCAAUCACCUUCCAUUCAGAUCGUCAUGACGGACUCUUGCGUGGUGUUCCACUCGUCUAUCCAGAAUCAUUCCAUAGCUUCUGUUACUAUCAUUUGAAGACUAAUCUUCCUAUCAAUGGAUCAGAUCCUAGGUACACUCUUGUGCUUGACCUCUUCCAAGAAGCAACGUACGCACU